ACCAUUUCCUUCCCGAAGUUCCUUUCCAUUAGUUUUCGAUCUGAGAUCUUUCAGUCUGAUCGGAAAUGGGGAAAGGCGGAGCAAUCUCCGAGGAUGUUCUGAAGAAAGUCCUCCUCUCGUAUGCCUACGUCGCGAUAUGGAUCUUCCUCAGCUUCUCCGUCAUCGUUUACAACAAGUUCAUUCUGGAUCAGAAGAUGUACAAUUGGCCUUUCCCGAUCUCCCUCACCAUGAUUCACAUGGCCUUCUGUUCAUCGAUCGCGUACCUUCUUGUUAGCGUUUUCAAAGUUGUGGAGCCAGUUUCCAUGUCCCGUGAGCUCUACCUCAAAUCCGUGGUUCCGAUCGGAGCUCUGUAUUCGCUUUCCCUUUGGUUUUCUAAUUCAGCAUAUAUCUAUCUAUCGGUUUCUUUUAUUCAGAUGCUCAAGGCUUUGAUGCCGGUCUCUGUGUACCUGAUUGGAGUUUCGCUGAAGAAGGAGAAGUUUAAGUCUGAUACUAUGGCUAAUAUGGUUUCGAUCACGCUUGGUGUUGCAAUCGCUGCGUACGGAGAGGCGAGAUUCAAUUCCAAGGGUGUGACAUUGCAGCUGUUGGCGGUUGCGUUCGAGGCGACUCGACUGGUGAUGAUCCAGAUUUUGUUGAAUUCCAAGGGUAUUUCGUUGAAUCCUAUCACGUCGCUUUACUAUGUGGCUCCGUGUUGCUUGGUUUUCUUGUCUGUCCCGUGGCUAAUAAUGGAGUAUCCUGUGUUGAGAGAUACAUCCAGCUUCCAUUUGGAUUUCUUGAUUUUUGGGACCAAUUCAUUCUGUGCUUUUGCUUUGAAUCUUGCGGUGUUUUUACUCGUUGGGAAGACAUCUGCUUUGACCAUGAAUGUUGCUGGAGUAGUGAAGGACUGGUUAUUGAUCGCAUUCUCCUGGUCUGUGAUUAAGGAUACGGUGACGCCCAUUAAUUUGUUCGGUUAUGGCCUUGCGUUCUUAGGAGUUGCGUAUUACAAUCAUUCGAAGUUGCAGGCACUCAAAGCCGCAGAGGGUCAGAGAAAGGCUCAACAGGUAGAAGAGGAAGCUGGUAGGUUAUUGGAGGAGAGAGAAGAAGGCGAUGAAAGGAAGAACGAUAGUCAAACUUAGGCUACCACUGACAUGUUUGAGCUUUUACAAGAAGAUAUGCAGAAGAGAACAGAUCGAUGAUUCAAAAGUUGCUGCAAAUAUCGAAUUCAUAUCUCGGCUAAAUUUUUGAGUUUUGAGUUAGGUAUGCUUCUUAGAUAUAUCUAUAUAUAUAUAUUUUUGGUUUCUUCUAAUUAUUGCGGGGUUGAUUUUAGCUGCCUAAUAUGACUGGAGAAUGAAUUGUUGUUCAUAAUGAUCAUCGGAUUGAGCUUCCUGGAGGAAGCUGUCCAGAAUGUUUAUAACUAAUAUCUACUAUUAUUUAUGUUCUUCUUUUAGUUUUAUUUGGA